AUGUACAACAAGAUAGCGAAAUUACUGAUCAAAGAGUACUCAAAGGAGGAAACUACGCAGUUGUUCAAGGCCCUGGUUAACGAGGCAAGGCAACAGUUUGAGGAGCUACUGGAGGAAAGCAAUAUCAAGGCAAUCGUGACGUGCAGAUGCAAAAAGCCCAACUCCUUGGAGAAAAAGAUGCACGAUGGCGAGGACAGAAAAAGAUUCAUCGAGUUUCUUGGUCCAUUUGAGAGCCCUGGCCCAGCAGACAAAAGCCUUGUGCGCAAGCUAUAUGAGCAUGCUGACAUGAGCGACCUCGCAGGAGUGCGCAUCGGGGUAUAUCUUCCCGGUGAUAUUCCGAAGGUUGGGAAAAUGAUUGAUGGGCGAAACGAAAAGAUUGAGAGGCAUCUGGACGGGCCCUGGGUCCAAGAUUCCGGCCACGGACGAACGACUUGGGAGCACUACGGGUACAAGUCAUGGCAGUCAGUCGUGGAGUGGUCAUUUAUAGACAAGAAGCUCCAUCGCAUCGCGUCGGCGAAUGUGUUUUAUCCACUCAGAGUCGAGAUCCAGCUCGGGACAGUCAUGACCCAGGCUUGGGCAGAGGUGCAACACGACAUCAUAUACAAAGCGCCUCCCAAUAUCCAGGUGACGGAUACCAUGCGACAAAUGAUUGAUGCCACCAACGGCAUGACAAUCACGGCUGAUAUCUUGCUCGGAGAGCUGGAACGAAGCCGAAAGCAGGCUGAAGAUGAAGUCGAAACCUUCUUCGACCAGUUAUGGGACGGUUGCCGACGUGGAGAUCCCAGAGUCACAAAACAAAUUUUUUCCGCCACUGUCAAUCUAGGUACCAAAGACGAGGAGGGAAAUACGGCACUGCAUUUCGCCUGCGAGCAGGGCAACCUCGACACCGUGGAGAGUCUACUCGCUGUCCUUGACAAACCCGCCGUCAGCCUUACAAACAAAUCCGGUCAAACAGCACUGCACUUUGCCUGCAAGGGCUCGAACAAUACCAAGAUAGUAGAGAAGCUCUUGACCGUUCUUGAUAAGGCCAACGUCAGCCUUCAGGAUCACGAUGGGGAAACAGCGCUCCACCUCGCCUGCAUGGGCUCCAACGUCAAUCUCAGAAUCGUCAAGAAGCUACUGAGCGUGUUCGACAAGGCCGACGUCUGUCGUCCAAACCACAAGGGACGAACGGCGCUCCACAUUGCCGCCGGAACGAAUGGCACUUACCUCGUGUCAGCGCUUUUGCCAUCCCUUGACUCGGACGCUGUGUGCGCUCAGGAUUAUUGGCAGGAUACAGCACUUCACCUGGCUUGCAAAGAGGGUCAUUGCGGGGUGGUCAAGGAGCUCAUUGCCAGGGUUGGUCGAGAGAAGCUGAAGAUCAAAGGGCAGCAUGGGCUCACGGCGUUCCGAGUGGCUCUCACAUCAGGUCAGGAGAGAGCGGUCGGGGAAUUCGCUGGUUUCCUCGACGAAGACGAUCUACUUGCCACGGAUUGGCUGCAGCAGACUGCGUUGCACGUCGCGGCGACAUCCAGCCUGGUCACCGUGGUGGAAGAGUUUCUGGUCAAAGCCAAAGCCGGCAUUGACAUGCAAGAUACCCAAGGAGACACGGCGCUGCACAAGGCCUGCAUGGCGCGCAAUGAGAACAUUGUCCGGGCGCUUUUGAGGGCCAAUGCCACGGUUAGCAUUCAAAAUAAAUUUCGCACCACGGCGUUUGAGGUAGCUGAGAAGCAUGACUUUGAGGACAUACGGAAAGUGCAUCAUCAGUUCAUCCUAAUUCUAUACCAAGCUGCGCAGCACGACAAGCAGACCAUCAGCUGA